UAUUUUGUUUAAAAUGUUCCAUGUUGCAAAGUAAAUAUUUCUUAGGACGAAUUCUUAUUCAAAUCAGUGCACCAUCCAUUCAGAACAUGUAAUAUUUUGACCGGCCUAAUCGAUCGACAGAAAAAUCACGUGCAGUCACGUGAAGAUUAUUAAUGAUUACUAACGUAAAGGUAAAGAAACUCUAUGAAUCUCUACUGGCUGAGACUGAGGUUAGAGUUAGAGGUUUUGUGUAUAUGAUACAGAUGUAUGCACGAUUUGUAAAACAUGUAGGAAGUUUGUCUGGUAACCAAUAGCAACCAAAGGGUUGUAAUGGAAGGCGUUUAGAGUUAUACGCUCCUGCUAGCUACUAGCUGCCUCAAAAUAUUUAAUAUUUUAGAAGCAUACUUUAUACAUCCUUAGUUAUUCUCAAUUUUGAAAUUUAAUUAUAAUGUAUCACAUGAUCGCAUACAGAAGGAAAAGAACAUUUUAAUUGAUAACUUAUUCUUAUUUUAUCCUUUAUUAAACUAUGAGGUUGUGUUUAUUACGUUUCAUUAAUGUGAAUGACGUUAAAUUACCAAUGACGAUUAAUUGUUAUCUUUUACAUUUAAAAAAAUGUUCUAUGUACAAAAUUAUAUGAUACAAUAUAACAUAACAAACUACGAGUCAAUUAUAUCUAAAAAUACAGUAUAAAUUCGAUUUGUUACAAUGGGGAAUUGUGUACGGAGCUUGUUAAAAAGGUUACAAAACAAGAAAUGUUCCGAAAAAACUAUUAUUUUGCUCAUCGUCGGCCUAGAUAAUGCAGGAAAAACGUCCGUUUUGAAUCGCAUAAGCGGUGAGUCAGAUAGGAAUGUAUUACCUACAAUAGGAUUUCGAACAGUGUCUUUAAAGUAUAAGUCUUAUACAGUCAAAAUUUAUGAUAUUGGUGGUAGUCCUCAAAUCCGAUCAUUGUGGACAAAGUAUUACAGUGGUAUACAUGGUCUUAUAUAUGUGGUGGAUGCUAGUGAUAUUUCCCGACUUACAGAAAAUAGAGUUGUAUUUGGUGAAUUAAUUUCACAUGAAUGUAUUUCAGGGAAACCAUUAUUAUUGCUUGCAAACAAACAAGAUAUAAAUGGAUCGAUUGAUGAGCUAGAUCUUGUUGAGAACUUGGAUGUAGAAUAUGUAGCUAAUACUAUGAAGUGUCCUACAAGAGUGGAAAUAUGUUCAUGCAUAGAAGGAGAAAGUCAAUUAAAAGAUAAUUCUAUAGGUAUUAAGAAUGGCUAUAAAUGGCUAUUGGAUAUAAUUGUAAAGAAUUACACCGUAUUAAACAAUAGACUCAAAGAUGCACAAAAUACUCACAUUGUGAGAGUUACUGAAACACAAGAUUCAAUAUCUGAUACAUCAUCAAGGAUAUCAACACAUUCUAAUCCAUUUAAACCAAUCAAAGAACUAGUUGUUAAAAAGGAACAAGUUCAGUCAACAAGUGUUCUGCACAAUGGAGUUGUUGCUGGAAACAGGUUCAAAAAACUAUUUAUACAUAGAAAUAAAACUGCUCCACUUACUAGUGAAGGAACGGUCAUUGAACUCGGAGAUACGUCUACAACCGUUAAACCGGCUAAGAAAAUUUUGGAAGUCCAUGAGAGUAUUGAAACUCUUCCACCAAUAGUCUAUCCAAUGAUGCCGACUGCAUUUUCAAAUUCAAUUACAUCAAAAUCAAAUCGUCCACACACCGCACCAGAACGUUCACAACAUGUUAUUAACAAAGUAACAGUAAUUAACAUUCCUGGGCAAAUAACAUAGAAAUGUUAUUAAUUGCAUUUUAAUUAUAACAAUAGGGGACCAUUAUAAAGAAAUAUAAUGAUAAGUAAAAAAUAAUUAAAAUUAUAUA